AUCUGUCGGAAAGAAAUCAUUUGAAUUAAAUUCUGAUGAAACUUUUCGAUUAAUUACAUUCUGUAUCUCGAUAAACAGAUGUAAAUUCGUCAUACAAAAUAGAAAAUACUUUCGCCCAGCCAAUUCAAUAAUUCGUUCUUCACGACAAAUUCCAUUCAAAUUUCAUAUCAUCAUCGUCAUUAACGCGAAAAGACCGGAGUAUAUUUGAUGCUGUAGUAGGAAAUUUUGCUUCAGUUUUGCUGUAGCUCUCAAGCUCUCAAGACUUCACUGCGUGUAUCUAUCUCUCCUGUUGCCUAAUUGAAACGCUGUGUUCGUCUUCGAAAAAAAAUCAACAUGUCUGUUAAAAUCACCAAAGUUUUAAUUAGCGACAACGUAGACCAGAAAUGUGAAGACCUGUUAACUGCUAAUGGGGUAGAAGUUGUUCGAAAAUGCAAUCUGAAACCGGAAGAACUCAUUAAAGAAUUAGAGAAUUGUAACGGAUUAAUUGUUCGCUCAGAGACCAAAGUCACUAAAGAAAUUCUCGAUAAUGCUAAAUCACUCAAAGUAAUCGGGCGUGCUGGAACUGGUGUUGAUAACAUUGAUGUGACGGCAGCUACAAGAAGAGGAAUUAUUGUUUUGAAUGCUCCAAAUGGAAAUUCUAUCAGUGCCUGCGAAUUGGCUUGCUCAUUUAUUACUAUCCUGGCCAGAAACAUAACCGGUGCUUGUCAAUCAAUGAAAGAAGGUAGAUGGGAUCGGAAAGCAUUUUCAAAUGGUUCCGAGUUGUUGGGGAAGACUUUGGCUAUUAUAGGAUUGGGUCGGAUAGGGAAGGAGGUUGCUAUCAGAAUGAAGUCUUUUGGAAUGCAAGUUGUAGGUUAUGAUCCUUUUGUGACUGCUGAAGAAGCCAAGUUAUACUCGAUAGUUAAAAUGGAAUUGGAUGAUAUUUGGCCUUUGGCUGAUUACAUUACCAUUCACACUCCUCUCAUACCUCAAACUAGAAAUCUUCUCAAUAAAUCAGUAUUCGCUCGUUGCAAACGUGAAUUCCGUAUAGUAAACGCUGCUCGUGGUGGUAUUAUUAACGAGGAAGACUUAUUGGAAGCCUUAAACAAUGGAACAUGUGCCGGUGCAGCUUUGGAUGUUUUCAGUGAAGAGCCACCAUCCAAUGCAAUUUCAAAAAAUUUAAUAGCUCAUCCUAAAGUUAUCGCUACGCCACACCUCGGCGCAUCUACUAAAGAAGCUCAAACCAGGGUUGCCGUCGAAGUAGCCGAGCAAUUUGUAUCGUUGAAUGAUGCAUCAUCCGAGUAUAAAGUUACUGGUAUACUGAAUGCUCCAGCUUUAUUGGCUAGUCGACAGUCUGAAAAUGCAGCUUGGUUGGAAUUAGCUGAACAGCUAGGUAGAGUGAUUUCGCGAAUUUCUAAAGAGUAUACUUUGAAGGGUUCCAAUAUCAAGAUCACGUUGGCUGGCCCUGAAAUACAGAAUAUGAAAUUCUUAAGCACAUCCGUUCUAUUGGGAUUACUAUCAGGGAACAUUCAAAAUGGUUACAAUCUCAUCAACUCUCCUUUGUAUGCCAAAGAAGCCGGGUUAAAUUUCUUCUUUGAAGAAUUCAACGAUAAAAUAAAAAUCGUCAGUAUUACUAAUCGCAAUAUCCUUAAAAUAUCCGCUCAUAAUGAUACUGUUCCGUUGUUCUCUGCCGAAGGUACUGUAAUUGACAAUGUGCCAUAUCUGUUGCAAAUCAACGACGCUGCAUUCCCUCCUGCCAGUGUUCAGCUACUGAAAAAUAUUCAAAUAUACAGCUGUGACAUUGAUAAAGUCUCAGUGGCCAUUAGCGCUGCCAUGAGUAAUAAUGAAAAAGUUACUAACUUAUCGAUUGCGUAUGGUAAACAGGCGUGGAUCGCGUUGAUUGCAGAUAAAUUAAAGGAUAACGUAGCUAUACCGGAGAACGUGCGUCAAUUUUAAUUGACAUUUUGGAAUUAAUAUUAAGGUUAUGUUGAAUUAUCAUCGUGUUUAUUUGCUAUAUACGUUGUUUUUUAUUUUAAAAAUUCAUUCAAUUCCCAUCAAAUCAUGUAUUUUGUCAUUCGUUUUCAACUAUUAAAGAUUUAAGGUAAUUGUAAUCAGAAGAACAUGCCUAAUAUUAACGUUUAUGUGAUCAAUUCUAAUGUACAUCCAUCUUUAUAAGUUCAUUUGUUACGUUAUUUUGUACUUGGAAUAUAAAAAUAUUCAUUUUUA